UGUCGGUAGUGUGUAGCGAGCGCAACCCUUAACAGCGAUUCCCGGUAACUUCGCAUCCAAGGAGGUGGCGGUCACAUCCAUGGCAUCGAGAUUCAAACCCUGCAUCUCAAACCCUGCCUCUGAUCCCAUCGGGUGGUUAGCCUAGUCGUCUUGCCUCACGAGCCUCAGUUGUGUUUCUCUCUCUCUCUGCUGACCGUUUUCCCGGUUAAACCAAAAACAAUACUGUGUAUUUGGAUUAAGUAGAAUACCGGUGACCUUUAUUGGUUUUAUUUUUAUUUUGUCCAGAGCGGGAAAAGGCUUUCUUAACUUGGCGCGCGUGCUGUCCCCUUUAUGAGACGCAUGCUAAUCAAGUCAUCCCGCGCGAGCCUCACCUGACGUGAUGAUGAUGAAGAGCGGUCCAGACGUCGUGCGGUCUCGCGAGGGGAUGCCUGCUUGCUGAAGUUUUGGAACAGUUGGGAAAGGGUUGGAACAGUUGGGAACAGUUCUUCGCACAUUUUUUUGUGGAGGGGGUUGUAAACAAUUCAGCGUCUUUCUUUUCUUUUGAAAAGCGGUCCCAUUUUCGAGCGGUGGUUUCCAUAACAUUCGCAGUCCAAGAUGGACCGCGUUGGCGUCACGUUGUUGAUGCUUCUGUCACUGGCGCUGAUGCGACUGAGUGACAGCGAGAGACAAGAAUCGACUGGAGGUACGAACGAUGGUGCGAGCCCCGGGGCGCUCGUUCGGGACCCGCAGUCAAGAGUGAGAAGUCAAGGCCAUUUAGCAAAGCGAAACGAAGACAGCAUGUCCUCCACUAGUAGUAACCUUAACGUUUACGUUAACGUUAGCGAAACUUCAUCCGAAUCGCUCCCAAGGCACCCUGCGCGCAGGACUCCGGGGAACGAGCACGAGCCCGAGCGCGCAUCGCUUCUUCCACGAGGUAGUAGUAGAAGCAGCAGACACGCGCCCAUGAUCAAACCGCUUUCCCCUCACGGGAAGGACCAUUCCUCCCGGGACGGCUCGGCUCCUGCUCCGCGAGACAGCGCGCCCCGCGCCGCGAGACAGGUCGCCCCCCAUUCAUCCCAGUACAGGUCCCGCGUCAACCACAGGCAGGCCAGCAGGCACACAAGACGGCUUGCUGGGCCUAAUGUGUGUGGAGGUCAGCAGUGUUGCUCUGGAUGGGCCCUCGCCCCAGGAACCAACCGCUGUAUAAAACCUGACUGCCAGCCGGCCUGCCAGAACCGAGGCUCCUGCAGCCGCCCCCACACCUGUGUGUGUCGCUCGGGCUUCCAGGGGGCUCGCUGUGAGGAGGUGACCCCGGAGCAGGUGUACAUCCGCGACGGCGGGGCCCUGCGGCGCGUCAAGCCCGGCACCAACCCCUUCCAGAAGGACCGCGCGAGGAGGCCCGCCGAGAGGCAGGCCCCGGAUUCGGCUCGAGCCCGGAGCCCGCUGACCGCGUCCACAAAGGCCCCGCUCCACGCUGCUACCAAAGUUGAGGCGGGACCUCCUGACCUUACCCUCAGACAGACCGGCUCGUCCCGCACGGUGGAGGCGGUACCGUCCUCCGCCGGGCCCAUCACCUCCAACGCGCUGCCCAACGGGAACGGCUACAGCACCGGACACGGCGCCGCCAACUGGCCCGGGACUGGCAGGACUGGGAACCCCGAUGGGCAUUCUCCCAGCGUUCCCAGGACCGGAGCCGCCGCCGCUGCUGCUGCAGCCAACGGCCAGCCACAGACACCACAGCUCAGCAACGCGUUAUCGCACGCAGGGGCCAACCUGACGUCCAAGCCUGGACCGCAUCAAGAAUCGUCUUCACGCCCAUGCUGGUGCCGCCGGGUGUGCAGCGGCGGCCGCUGCCACAACAGCUGCGAGAAGGGCGACACCACCACGGUGUACAGCGAGAACCACCAGCGACAGCAGCAGCAGAGGCAGCAGCAGUCCGAGAAGCAGGGAUUCAGACUCUUCUUCUGUCAGAUCUCGUGUCUGAACGGGGGGCCGCUGCAUCGGCAGGGGGACCAUUGUUGGUGUCCGUCCAACUCCACGGGGAAGUUCUGCCACCUGCCGGCCCCGCCCCCCACCAGGCACCAGGGAGGCCGCAAGGACGUCCACCAACCGGGGGCCAACUCCCACUCCAUGUACACGCUGCCCCUGUCCAAUCAGCAAGUUUCCAUGCAUCCAUCCCUGGUGAACGUCCAUAUCCAGCACCCCCCGGAGGCGGAGGUGCAGGUCCACCAGGUGGCGAGGGUCAAGCCGGGCCAGAGGCCCAACGCCCCUGAGGGGGCACACUCGGUCCAGCAGCGGUCCCAGCCCGGGAACGGGAACGGGGAUGGCAAGGGCCACGGAAACGGCAACGGGCAUCAUCAUAAAACCCACCACGAAAGAACACUAACAACCAAUGGGAACGCCUAUAUACCCACCAGGAACCGACAGAAUGGAUACGUGGGAAGGUGCUUCCAGGAGACUGUUGAUGGACAGUGUGGGAAGCCUUUGCCAGGCCUAACCAAACAGGACGAUUGCUGUGGAAGUGUUGGAGCCUCCUGGGGUCUUAACAAGUGCCAGAAGUGCCCAAAAACACCAGCAUACGCGGUGAUCGCAAACGGACAGGUGGAAUGUCCGAAAGGUUACAAACGGAUGAACGCAACCCAUUGUCAAGACAUCAACGAGUGCGCGAUGACAGGACUCUGCAAGAACGCCGAAUGCCUCAACACCAAAGGCAGCUACAGGUGCACCUGCAAGCAUGGCUUCAUGCUGGACCCGGCCCGGAGCCACUGCGUCUCGGACAAGGCCGUGUCCGAGAAUAAGGGGCUGUGCUACCGGUUCUCCUCAGCAGGCGCCUGCACCCUCCCGCUGCCCGCUUCCAUCACCAAGCAGAUCUGCUGCUGUAGUCGUGUGGGCAAGGCCUGGGGGCCUGGCUGUGAACGCUGCCCUGUGCCCGACUCAGACGACUUCAAGGAGAUCUGCCCCGCGGGCCACGGCUACACCUACUCCCGCUCCGACGUGCAGAUCUCCCUGAGGCAGCUUGAGGAGGCCGACCUGAGGAACACCGGCAUCACCUGGCUGGACCCCAGCCCCCUGGAACCCGAGUGGCCCCCCUACUGCCAGAGCAGCCGAACGCCGACCCCCACCAACACCAACAACCACCACCAGCACCACGUGCCCCAGGUUCCAGUGUACCCAGAGCCACCGCAGGUAACCCAGCACCACCCCCAACCCCAGACGCCCCACCAGCCGAGACAACCACCACCCACACCUGCGGAGCAGCCCGUGGACCCCCGUGAAAACACGCGCCAGCCGGCCAGCGAGUGGCCCGGUCAGCCCGAGGAUGUGGAAACACUGAGCCUGCCAACGGUUGUGACAGCCUCCCCUGAGCCACAUCCAGAGAGGACCCCAGAACCUGGGCCAUACGUUGAGGAAACGUUCCCGGUGGACCCACCCACCAAGCCCCAGCCAGCUAUAGACAAGUGCGCCCUGGCCCCCAACAUAUGCGGCCAUGGGACGUGUGUGUCGGUGCAAACGGGCUACACCUGCUCCUGUGACCCCGGCUACAAGCUCAGCGCCCUGCAGACCAACUGCAUCGACAUGAACGAGUGUGAGCAGAACCCGUGCGAGGGGCGGGGCCACUGUGUCAACACCUUCGGCUCCUACACCUGCCACUGCCACAGUGGCUUCAGCCAGGUCAUCACCCAGAACAGGAAGUUCUGCCAAGACAUUAACGAGUGCAGCAUGCCCAACAAGUGCCAGGACGGGGACUGUGUCAACACAGAGGGGUCCUACACCUGUGAAUGCAAGACUGGCUACGCAAUGUCUUGGAGAGGGUUGUGUGAAGACAUCGACGAGUGCCGGGAGGCCGAGUCCUGCCCCGACGGCGUCUGCACCAACACCCCCGGGUCCUUCCACUGCCGGCUCUGCGGCCCCGGGACGCGGCCCUCCAACGGGCGCUGCGUUGACAUUAACGAAUGUCUGGACCAAUCGAUGUGCGGCAAUGGUAGAUGUGUCAACAUGGAGGGUUCCUAUAGGUGCAACUGUUUCCAUGGAUACAAACUCUCAGUGCAAAACCUGUGCCAAGAUGUGGACGAGUGUGUUCUCCCCGGGGUCUGCACCGGCGGUCGCUGCGUCAAUCUGGAGGGGACGCACGAGUGUGUCUGUGGCCCAGGCUACCAGGCCACCCCCGACAGCAAAGCCUGCGAAGAUGUCAACGAGUGCGCCGCUCCCAACGUGUGCCCGGUUGGAAUCUGCGUCAACGGCGAGGGCUCCUUCUCCUGCCAGGAGUGCAGGCCCGGGUUCAGACCCUCUGCAGAUGGGCUGAGUUGCGAGGAUUUGAAUGAGUGUGCACAGGGGGACUUGUGUCUGGGAGGGGUGUGUCGCAACAGAGAGGGGUCCUACAUUUGUACCGACUGCAGGACCGGCUAUCAGGUGUCCCAAGACCAGCAGAGGUGUGAAGACGUCGACGAGUGCCGGUCCCUGUCGGCCUGUGCCAACGGCAUCUGUCUGAACUCGGAGGGCUCGUACACCUGCAGGACCUGUCCCCAGGGCUACGUGGUGUCCCACGACGGGGAGCUCUGUGAAGACAUUGAUGAGUGUGCGCUUCCCAACGCGUGCCCUGGAGGAACGUGUACAAACACAGACGGUUCCUUCACAUGCCUCACGUGUCGGCCAGGAUUUAGAGUCCCAGAGGAUGGACAUCAAUGUGAAGAUGUGGACGAGUGCUUGGUGGCUAAUGAGUGCCCCGGCCAGCUGUGCGUGAACUUGCCGGGCUCCUUCGUCUGCAGUGACUGCGGCGAGGGACUGCAGCUGUCCCAGGACGGGGUCACCUGCGAGGACGUGGACGAGUGCCACUCACAGGGGGCGUGUCCCGGAGGGGUGUGCGCCAACACGCACGCCUUCUCCUGCGCGACCUGUGACCCCGGCUUCACACCCAACGGCGGAUCCUGCGAAGAUGUGAACGAGUGUCUGACCGUCGCUGGGAUCUGUGGAGAAGGAGAGUGUCUGAACACGGAGGGAUCCUACGUAUGCAUCUGUUCCGACGGAUACACCACUGGCACCGGGGCGACCGGCUGCCAAGACGUGGACGAGUGCAGCCCGGAGGUGGACAUCUGUGCCAGAGGCCAGUGCAUCAACACAGACGGGUCCUACCUCUGCCUGUGUGAGGCCGGCUUCAAGUUCAACCCCGCCAUCUCCGACUGCGAGGACCAGGAUGAGUGUGUGGUUGGGAGCGCGGCGUGUGGAGUGUGGCGCUGUGAGAACCUGGUGGGCUCGUACCGCUGCUACAUGGGCUGUGAGCCGGGCGUGGACGGGGAGGACUGUGAUGCCGACGAAUGUGUGAACGAGACCAUCUGUGGAAACCACGGCUUCUGUGAGAACACGGACAACUCCUACCUCUGCCAGUGUCACCAGGGCUACACCAACCCCCCCGGGGAGACCAGCCGGUGCUCAGACUUGAACGAGUGCGAGAGCAUGGCUGUGUGCGGGGAGGCCCUGUGUGAGAACUACGACGGCAGCUUGUGCAUCUGCUCCAGCGACAAUGAGGAAUUUCCCCCGCCCUCGACCCGCUCUCCCCCUUAUCCCCCUCUCCCCCUCCCUCCCCCUCCUCCCCCGCCUCCCCCGCCUCCCGCCCGGGCGGAGGAGAGGAAGGAGUGUUACUACGACCUGGACAGCGCCGACAUGUGCAAAGUCCUGUCCCGCAACACCACCAAGCAGGAGUGCUGCUGCACCAUCGGAGCCGGCUGGGGCGACAACUGUGAGGUCCACCCGUGCCCCUUCCUGAGAGAGAUGUUCAGCUCGGAGAUCUGCAAGAACGGCCACUGCUCCAACCUCUACUCCACCUACACCUGCCUCUGCCUGUCGGGCUUCUACUACAACCACCUCCGCCAUGAGUGUCUGGAUUACGACGAGUGUGAGAUGGGGGACACGUGUGUGCACGGCGUGUGCGUGAACACGGCCGGCUCCUUCAACUGCUUCUGCAGCCCCCCGCUAGUGCUGGACGGGAGCGGGAGACGCUGCAUCGGCCUCAACGCCACUGAAGGGGAGUCCCUGGAGCCCGAGCAGGACGUCCACAUGGACAUCUGCUGGCAGGUCCUGGUGGAGGACAACAUGUGUGCCAACCCCCUGGCCGGCCACCGCACCACCUACACAGAGUGCUGCUGCCUCUACGGCGUGGCCUGGAGCGAGCAGUGUGCCUUCUGCCCGCGCAAGGACUCAGAGGACUACGCGGUGAUGUGCAACCUGCGCCGGCCCGGCAGCACCGACAGCCUGAGGGAGCGGCCCCCGGCGCAGUACGAGUACAGCCCGGAGGGCUCCGGCCCCCUCGAGCCCUUCGUGUCCCCCUACUGGGACAACUACGGGGGUCCCGAGGGCGUCCCCCUCUUCAACGACUACAGCCCCCGGGAGCCCCCGCGGGUCCCGGUCCUGAGGCCUCGGGAGUUCCAGCCCCGCCCGCUAAGACCCACACCAGUAGGGCCCUACGGCGGGUUCGAGGGCCUCCGGGCCGAGGAGUGCGGCAUCCUGAACGGCUGUGAGAACGGCCGCUGCGUGAGGGUCCGCGAGGGCUACACCUGCGACUGCUUCGACGGCUACGAGCUGGACCUCAACAAGAUGCCUGCAUCGGUAGACAUCAACGAGUGCGAGGACAUCAGCGACAGUGUGGCCUUGUGUCAGAACGCCCGCUGCUCCAACACGGAGGGCUCCUACAAGUGCAGCUGUCUAGCCGGCUUCGUGGCCUCCGCCAAGCCCCACGAGUGCAUCCCCGAGAUCCCCCAGGAGGUGGCCAGCGAGGCCGGGUAGUGGGGCGGGAGGCUGGGGGGAGUUGGGCCGGGGUCGCUGGCUCCUCCACGCACCCUCUGGAGAUGGCCCUUCCUUCUGCUCCCCAGAGGGCUGCGGAGAGGCCCAUGCUUCUGACCCCUUGAUAGCACGCACACACACAGAUGCUCAUACACAUGCACACACGGACACACCCCUACACACAUACACACACACACACACACACACACACACACACUCAAACACACACAUGCGGGCACACACGCACACAUACAGCAAAGACACGCACACACACGCAAACGCACAUAUGCGCACACACACAUACACACACACAUGCACAUACAGAACAGACACACACAAACACUUACACAUGCACGCAAAUAUGCGCACAAACAUACAUACACACACACACACACACACAUGUAUGUGACUAAUGCAUACGAAACAUAUACAUGAAUAAAGCCCAAACACGCAAACACAGAGAAAAACAGCGCGCAUGUACCUAUGCAUACAAAACGCAUCAUAUCCACGCUCCCUACAUACACGCAAGAGCACCGGGAACUGUUCAGUGAAUGUAUCACACGGGAUUCAACACUUUCCAGAUUUGCAUUUGCCUAAAGGGAAUUUGUAGACGGUUCUUUCCUCUUCUUUUUUCUCGUUUGUUUAGUGACCCCAGUCAGUGCAAAUUCAUUUUCUUUCUGCAUUACUUUCUCACAUUCUUUUUGAUACAUUAUUUAUUUCUCAUAACUAGAUGACGGGCCUCUGUGAGCCGGAAGCGCAGACCUUCUCAGAGGCCAUACUUAAAUGCCCUUGUUGUUUCUGUGUGGCCGUUUGACUUUGGGAGAAUGUCUUUCGUUAAAAAAGCAAAACUUUAAAUAUGAGUAAAACCAUCGUUAUAUCAACACAUAGGCAAUACGAACAUUGAAAGUCUUACCGUUAACAUCAUUUUUUUAACCAAUAGUUUCUUGAUGUACAUUCACAUCAAAUAUUUUGUAUUGCAAUCGCUAAGCUACUUGUGGACCUAAAAAGGCUGUGGAUGUAUAUGAUGAUUAAUGUAAACUUAAGUGAAGGAUGUGAUUCACACGCUCUGAAACACCAUAUUUUAGUAACUGACUUAACAUUCUUCCAAUAUUUUAGUGCACUGGUAGAGUUUUGACUCCAAUUUUCUUAUCAAAGUAACCGAUUUUUACAGAACCAAUAUACAGUAUAUCUUAAUUUGAUGUUACUUAAUUUAUUUGAGAUCUGGGCUACCUUCGUCAUUGUAAUUGGUUAAUUAACGACAGCUUUUUAAAUAAAAGUAUAGGUCAAACAAGAUCUGGCGUUGAAUGCAAAAACCUUUCUUACAAACCAGGCGUGUGAACGCACGCUUAAACAAGAACAACGCCAAUCUGCAUUCAUUCAACAUUGAAUGAAUCUCAAGUUUCAAAAUGGAGACUAUUCCCAUCUCUGAGUGAGUAUAGAGGCCAGGUUCUGAUUAUGGGGAGGUUAUGGAUAUAUUGUACAGAUCUAGUACUAUGUAUUAUUUGUGUUAUAUAUUCCACUAGGUAUUUAGUACAAGCAAUAUUUUUGUUUGACAUAAAAGAAGAAAAUGAAAAAAAAAAAGACAUUUAUAGCUAUGUAGAUUUAUAUAUUUCUGUACAAAUGUUUUUUAAACAUGUUUUUAUGCGUGAGGAAAGUGGUUGACACUGUACCAGAGGAGGUGUGUGUAUCCUGCCCUGUGGAGCAGACAUUGAAAUGUAAUUUUUACAAAGUGCCAGCCUUAGUUCCUGAUCACCGACUGCCUGCAUUCAUUGCAUUGAGUUGUUUUGGCCAAACGCAAGCCUUUUAUCUGCAGGGACGACUAUGUCCAAAUCAUUUCCCUAGAAGGUUCCUAUGCCAUGAAUGUAUCACCAUGCCAAUAUACGCAUUCAUUUGAUUUUUUGGUAUCUUACAAUAGUUAUUAGUUUCAGCUUGAGGUUAAUGGCCUUAUCCUUUUAGAGGACAGAACUUCUUGUAUUCAUGCAUAAAACCCUCAUGUUCACAUACAAGCACACAUGUACGCCUUUAACCUGCAUUGAAGAAAAAAGACUACAGUGGUGCAGAUGUUUUCACUGUGUGUGAACUCUUUGUGCUGUCCAAUGCAUCAUUCCACAUACCAAAUGUCUUCAAUAAAUUGGAAACACAAUGUUUUGGGCUUUGAGUAUUUAAAGCCUUAUAAACCGCAAAUAAGUUGAGAUCACGGUUGUGCUGUUGUACCACUUGACUGUAAUCACUACCAGUCAUCAAAUUAUUAAAAUAUGAUCAAAUCUG